GGCUCAGGAUGUCGUACAUGCUUCCGCAUCUGCACAAUGGCUGGCAGGUAGACCAGGCCAUCCUCUCGGAGGAGGACCGCGUGGUCGUCAUUCGUUUCGGGCACGACUGGGACCCCACUUGCAUGAAGAUGGACGAGGUUCUGUACAGCAUCGCCGAGAAGGUUAAAAAUUUUGCAGUUAUUUAUCUUGUGGAUAUUACAGAAGUACCCGACUUCAACAAGAUGUAUGAGCUGUACGACCCAUGUACUGUCAUGUUUUUCUUCAGAAACAAACAUAUCAUGAUUGAUUUGGGCACUGGCAACAACAACAAGAUCAAUUGGGCCAUGGAAGACAAGCAAGAAAUGGUUGACAUCAUAGAGACUGUGUACCGUGGUGCCCGAAAGGGCCGGGGUCUAGUGGUGUCUCCCAAGGACUACUCUACAAAGUACAGAUACUAAGCACUGCUCUCACAGACUGUGCAAAGGACACUGGGAGCCUCUUCUGUGUAGAAACCCUCAGCUCUUCGUAGCCUUUGGGAAGGGCCUGCAGUGGAACAUGGCCUUAGGGCAAGAGGAUCCUUGAGAUGAGAAUAACAGGGCCAUAACUCGCUGAAGGAAAUAAACAUGGUGAAGAACAGUAGAA